AAAAGCGGAUAAAAAUCCGCUAAAUUUCACUUUAGGAAUGAUUAAAAUAGAUGUUUAUAUCCAAUGUAAUAAAAUGAUUUGUAGCAGUACAUAUUUAAACAAAAUGUGUAUCAAAUGUCAUCUUUGAGAGGGUAGCAAUUGUGAACUAUAUUUGACCGCGGAAUAUAUAAUACCAGGAAGCCGCCAUAGUGAAAUAAAGGAAAAACGAAUGGGAAUUCGCUAGAAAAGUUAGAGGUAUCUUCUGAUUGAAUGUGAAGCAGUAUUCAACAUGUGAUCAGAGAGAAAACAAUCUCAGAGGAAAUUCUAACUGUGAUAAGUUUCUUCUAUGUUUGGCCGUGGCUGGAGAAUGAGUGGCGGCCAAUUUAUUAGUUUACAGUUUUGAAAUACAACAAUGAUGGCAAACUUUAUAAAGAACCUGGUUAGUAAGCACAAGAGGCGUUACACGGAGGAUGGUUACGACCUCGAUCUUACUUAUAUUUAUCCAAACAUCAUUGCCAUGGGAUUUCCCUCUGAAAAGCUGGAGGGCGUGUACCGAAACAAAAUGGCUGAUGUAGUGAAUUUUCUGGAUGAACGGCAUAAGGACCAUUACAGAGUGUACAAUUUAUGUUCUGAGCGUUCUUAUGAUGUAAGCAAAUUUCACAAUAGAGUGGUCAGCUACCCAUUCGACGACCACAAUCCUCCUCGUUUAGAGUUGAUCAAACCAUUUUGUGAGGACCUGGAUGAUUGGUUAAGACAGGAUGGUAGAAACAUUGCAGCUAUCCACUGUAAAGCAGGGAAGGGUAGAACAGGAGUAAUGAUCUGUGCGUACAUGUUACACAGGAAGAAGUUUACAGAUGCUGAUGCAGCACUGAAAUAUUAUGGACAAACUCGAACCAGGGAUGAAAAGGGAGUAACUAUACCUAGUCAAGUCCGAUAUGUGGAGUACUAUGGGUACAUGAUUCGGCACAACCUCCAGUACAAGCCAGUCACGUUGUUACUCAGAGCUAUUGACUUUUUCACUAUACCUAUGCAUAAUGGUGGAACAUGCUGUCCAUUUUUUGAAGUAUUUCAACUUAAAGUGAAAGUAUAUACCUCAAAGACAUACGAAGAUAUUAGGAAAGGGCAGGACAAAUUCUCCAUGGGAACAGACCAGUCGGUCCCUCUGUGUGGGGACAUCAAGCUGGUCUUCUACAACAAACCCAGGCUGACCAAGAAAAAAGAGAAAAUGUUUCAGUUUUGGUUCAACACGUUCUUUGUGGGAAAGGAUGACUACAACACUCCCUCCCAGUACACGAAUGGGAAAAGCCCAUCAGUGACAGACCCGAGUUUAUCCAAGUAUCUGACCUUGACUGUGAACAAGGUUGAAUUGGAUAAGGCAAAUAAGGACAAAGCACACAAAUUCUUUAGUCCCAAUUUUAAGGUGUGUUUACACUUUACAAUGCCAGAUAAUGAUGUAACAGCCAACCUGCCUGUCACGGACAUUGGAAGCCAGUCCACCGGAAAUAACUUACAGGUCCCUCCCGAUCUCACUCGAAGUCGGUCCACCACAAAUGAAAAAUUGACUAACAUCUCCAGCCCUUCAAAGGCACCUCUUCACAUGAGUUCUGCAUCCUCCAUGCCUGCUCUGAAUGAUCAUAAUGCUCAAGUACUGUUACGCCAAAAUAAGACAGUGUGUCCUCCCGACCGACCAAAGAAUGCAUUCCCCCCCAAUGUUAGAGGGGGCAGUGACAAAGGUCUGGGCAGUGUGCCGAGUAUGGAGACGUUGUACAAUGAACAUAGUGAUAAUGAAGUAAUGGAGGAGGACUUGUCGGACACUGAUACGGACGAUGAAUGGGAGGGGCUAGAGACCACAGCUGUUUGAUUGGCAACUGUCAAGUUAAUAGGAGAUUGUUCUUGGGGUUUUUUUUCUGUUUGAAUGUGUGACCUAUUUAAAUGGAGGAAUGUCUGUAAGAUUGGAGUGAACGCCAGGUGCUGUGAAAUUUUCAAAUUUGAGUGGAACAUGUAAAGCAAUGUCGUUUAUAGAUUGUACAUUUUCUGAAUGCUGAUCUCCACACACAAAAAUGGUAAUUAAUUUUUUAUCAGGCAUUUUAAUUGGAGAAAAAUCCCCAUUUCAUUAGGAAAUAUUGAUCUUAAAAACAAAAAUUACUCAUUCAUUUUUUGUUUUGUUGUUUUUAAAUUUGAUUGCACGUUCCUAUUUAUUUAUUUUUUUUGAGAGAGAAUUUGUUUUGAGCACUAGUUGGAUGAAAAAAAUCUUGAAACAGAAAGUGUUAGAAAAGAGACUCAUUUAAAAAUAUUCCAAGUUAUUCUUAUAAUGAGAAAGAUAAUUAUGAAGAUUUCAUUUCUUGAAAACACACUAACAUUUUUUUAAUAUAGAGUGAUUUGGAAAUUGAUGUUUGUGUAAGAAUUGUAGAUAGAAAUGUAUCUUGAGUAUUCUGAUGGAAUCCGUGAAGUUUACUUAAGCCAGUAAAAAAAGCCAAAAAUGUGUAGAUGAAAAAUGAAGUCAAGAGUAAAUGAGAAAUCUGAAUAAAUCUGCAGUAUGUGAGAAUUAUAACCAUUCCUCUCAUAAAUAUUUAUCAUCUGUGUAGAUAAUCAUGAAAUUUGUUUGUGUUCCUGUUUGUUUUUACUCUCUGAUUUUUUUUUUUUUUUUACCUUUGACCGUGCAUGGGCAUCACCAAAAGUAUUUCAUGACAGUUUACGAAAGAAAAAAAAUUUCAGUUUUGGAAGAUCACAGAUUCUCUUUCCAGGUUGAAAUAAUUGUGUGUGCGUGUGCAAAAUAGGCUUGUUUUGUUCAUUUAAAAAUGAUUAAGUGAAACUAUUUUUACCCAUCCGAUGUUCAGUAGAAAUUGGUUUAAAAUUUGAAAUAUAUACAUUCAGGUACAGUAGCUGAUUAGCAUAGUCUGUGUUUAAAUUUUCUUGAAAAUUCUAUUCCUGUUUGUGACUGGUUAAGACAAGAGAUUUAUUUAAUUUGUGCUAAUGUUUUGUAAGCUUCAUCAAAGAUGAUAUCUUAUGUUGGAAAAAUGUUUGAAGUACAAAUAAUUUAGAUUACUAGGAUUUCGGGAGAUAAUCAAGUAUACUUUCUUACAAGAAAUUCAGAUUUUUAUACUGUUCUUAUGAUAUCCCAGCCAAAUAUGUUUAUAUUGAGGGCCUACAAUUCUGAUAUAUGAAGAUGUUGGAAAAAAGGGACAUUUUCUCUUUGAAUUGGCAAAUUUUUGUUAGAAUUUUUUUUAAAUGGAAAAAUGGCAACCAUUGUUAAUAAAAAAAUUUGUUAGAGUUUAUGAAUUCCUGUUACAUGUAGCAUAUUAUAGUUAUUACAUUACAAAGUAUUUAAAGUUUGAAACUUUACAGAUCCCCUGCUCAUCAUUUAUUUUUUCAUUGAGAUUUUUAUUAUAUACUGUGUGUGUUAAUUCAUACUUUGGCAUCAUUGGCGCAGUCGUAAUGGUGCCGAUUAAUGGAAAUAGCUGUGACUUAGCACGAUGGCACUGAUACCACUACAGCAUGACGACAUCAAAUAGGCUGUUGUUCUUGUGAAAUAGUAUGACAUCAAAUAGACUGUUGUUACUGUGACAUAGUAUGACAUCAAAUAGACUGUUGUUACUGUGACAUAGUAUGACAUCAAAUAGACUGUUGUUACUGUGACAUAGUAUGACAUCAAAUAGACUGUUCUUCUUGUGAAAUAGUAUGACAUCAAAUAGACUGUUGUUUCUGUGACAUAGUAUGACAUCAAAUAGACUGUUGUUACUGUGACAUAGUAUGACAUCAAAUAGACUGUUGUUACUGUGACAUAGUAUGACAUCAAAUAGACUGUUGUUUUUGUGACAUAGUAUGACAUCAAAUAGACUGUUGUUACUGUGACAUAGUAUGACAUCAAAUAGACUGUUGUUUCUGUGACAUAGUAUGACAUCAAAUAGACCGUUGCUCAUAAUUCAACGUGCUGUUUCAGCUACCACAGAUAAACAUGCAGUAUUUCUCAGGUUUGAAAUAUUCGUUUAAAAACUGUUGUGUAGAAGUGUUAGAACAAGAGAAUACUCUAUUGGUGAGAGAGUAAUCCAUUGCUCCAGUAACUCCCUUUUCAUUAGCAGUAUUUUGCCUUAUGCUGCACUUUCCCUGUAUUUGGGAGAGGGGGGGGGGGGGUCUUAUAAUUCAGAGUUAAACUCCAUUUAGCAUUCAUAGUGCUUAUUUAGGGGGAUGUUAAACUUUUCUAGUCACUAUAAGUCUUGCAAUCACCAAGUAUCAAACAAGUAUAAAAUGGUCUGUUAUCAGACAAAACAUGUUGUUUUUUUUUUUUUUUUUAUCUCUGGGUUGUUUUUUUUGGGGGGGGGGGUUGUAUUAAAUCAUCCCUGCAAGUUCAAAGUCUCCAGAUACACAUGCAUAUGGAUUUUUCUUUCCAUUAUAAUAUCAGAAUAAGAUAAAUAUAAAUCAUAAUAUUUUCAUGAAAUAUAUAGAUUUAGAAUUCUUGUACUAAAUUUCUAGAGAAGAAAAAAAUUUCUUUGUAAUUUAUUCGAACAUAAAAAAGAUAUUUAUAAAAAAAAAAAAAAAAAAAAAAAAAAAAAUUCUUAUAUUGAAACCUGACAGCAUUGUAAUAGUUUUUUGUUUUUGAAUGAAACUAGUGCAUGGCUCUACUUCUCUGUAGUUAGAAUUCGUAAGUCAACUUUUAUUUGAUGGAAAGUGGCUGGGGUAGUUAGUGUAUCAUUGGUGCCCUUUGUUGUGUUGAUUUGUAGCAUGUAAAUCAAAUCUGUGUAAAGCAUUCAUUGUCUUCAGUGGUGCUAAUUUACUUAAUUCUUUUUUUAAAAAGUUGUGUUCAUUAAAAAGUACUUAACUAAUUACAUUCCAGUGUAGGUGACUACAGAACUACUAGGAAAACUCACGAGGUUCUUUUAUUUGUCGUGCUGGUGACGUCUCGACAUGAGCAAUAAAUUCUCGAAGGGACGUAAAACGAAAAAUUUAUUUGUGAUGUACAGUGCAGUGCAUGUGAAUGUUUCAAUAUUUUGAAUGAAAUGCUUUUGUUAAGAAAUGGUUAGAAAAAUAGAUGCAUUUUGUAUAAAUGUUGACUGAUUUUUAGAGCAGGAAAUUUGAAAUUAGAUAUUUGUAUAGUUAAUAUCAGAAAACCUCCGUAUUUCAAAACAAUCAUUUUGGGGUAUUCUUUUUUGUACUGAUGUGUAAAUUAUAAGCAUUGUGAUAGUGCAGUUCCUCUAUUUUUACAUACCAUGUACAUUUUCAUUUGUCAAAUCUUUUAAAGUAAUCAAAUCUCUUAACAAAUACUGUCAGAUAGUAUUUGAUAUUGUAUGAUUAAUCACACAUUCGUAAACACUAGUAAAUGAAUCUGUAACUAGUUAUGAGAAAUCGCGCAUUUGUAAACACUAUUAAUGAUUAAUCAUUUAAGUAGAUAUGAUUAAUCACGCAUUCGUAAACACUAGUAAAUGAUUAAUCAUUAACUAGUUAUGAUUAAUUACUCAGUAAAGGCACAGUUUGUGUAAAAAGAAUUGGAUGUUGAGAUUAUGUAGUAAUGAUACUUCUUUAGAUUGUCCUACAUAAGAGUCUAUGUAUUUAGGGAUUUUUAAUGUUUUAUGAAAUGAACAAUCAAAGUUUUUCUCUGUGUGGUGUCUAAGUGUUCCAGAAAUCACGGUGUAGAAACGAUUGCAUGGUCCAUUUUAAGUUGGUCUUCUUUUGCAAAAUUUUUGAAGAGCAGUUUCUCGCGAAUAGAUAAAAAUAAAAUGUGUAUAAACUUUUGAUGUAAAUAAAUUUCAAAGACAAGCUUCACAUAUAGUUUUGUUUGAAGGAGGAAUAACACACCUAAGAAAUCUGGUGUGGAUGGAAAGUAAAGGAGAUGUACAAUAUAUUGAAAUUUAAAUCUUCAGAAUUCUGUUUAGUUAGAAAAUUCAGUUUUAGUAGAAAGAAUUUUUGAAAAAAUAAAAUCAAACCCUGCUAGACUCGAACCCAUGACCUAAAGAUCAGUAGUCUACAUGUAAUUAAACUACUUAGCUACCCAACCAGACAAUUAGAUUUAAAAGGGAUAUAUAAAUAUUGGGGAUAUUUUGUUGUUUCAUUCAUGUUUCAAAAGGAAGUUACCCAUUAUGACGGUGUAGUAUUUCUCCUUAAGAUUGAAUUUUGUUAAUUCCACCCACCGUUAUUAAAAUAUUAAUUCCACCCACUGUAAUUAAAAUUUUAAUUCCACCUACUGUAAUUACAAUGUUAAUUUCACCACUGUAAUUAUAAUGUUAAUUCCACCCACUGUAAUUAAAAUGUUAAUUUCACCCACUGUAAUUAAAAUGUUAAUUUCACCCACUGUGAUUAAAAUGGUGUUGGAAUGGUCAUUCGUGUUCAUUUUCGCAAUUUUUCCUACGUAUUCUCGCACAAACAAUAGGAUCCAUCAUGAACAAGAUUUGUAAUCGAAAUUGACCAUGACAGUGGAAUAAAUGGGGACUCGCCAAACAAUCGUUUAAACACCGUGAGAUGCAAUGACGGCAUUUAAUGCUUGAGCGUCGGAUGUAUAUCAUACUUUCGUCUUCUUGAAAUUUUUACAAAUUUGUGGUAAAAAUAGUUCUCUUCAAUAAUCUUCGAACUCUGACAACGUACUUUAAAGAAAGUUUUCAAUUAUAGAUCAAUGGUUUUGUACUGUUGGUUUUUUAAACAAAUUCAAGACAACAGUUUGAGAAGUGAAAAAAUGAAAAUCUAGGUAAAUAUUUUGUUCAAGUGGUUUUUAAAAUAAAUUGGAUAACUUUUUGAUGUUACAUGUUUUUGUCUUGUUGAAAGAAUGAAUACAUGUUAAGAUGCAGCUGUAUAUUUUUGUACGAUAGUUCUGAUGAAGGUCUUAGGUAUCAUUCAAUCAUUUAUUACUUUGUGAAGAAUGAGCAAACAAUAAAGAAGAAUGCAGGUCAUAUACGUAUUGUUCAUUUAUUUUUUAUCACUAGACAACUUUCCCUCCAUCACACGUGCAUGUACAGAUCCUCAUUAUUGAUGAGCUGCAACUGAAUAUCUGGACUUAAGGUGUUAUGUUUCGAAAUACAUUUCCGGAAGAAGGCAAAAUUAGUUCCGUAUAGUUCCGUCCAUCCGUUCAUCACAUGGCGUUCUACAUUCCCAUUAGUACUCACGUGAUCAAUGUCCGAAUUGCCAUCGUAUUGCCACAUUGAACUGAUGGUAGCAAAUGGAUAUUUGAGCGGGUCUCUGGUCAUUUUAACGUCCUUCACAAGUACAUUGGUUUGGUCGAGGUCUGUUUUUACCUGCAAUGUAGCUUUAGAACCAUCUUUGUAGGACACAAACAGCUGAAGAGGUUCUGGGACAACUGUUACUUCCUCUAUAGGGAUCUUGGGAGGCAAUACAUUGGUAUCAUGGGCGCCAAUGAAAACAGAGGUUCCAAACGGUAUGUUCCCCUGGAACCCGUGAGGUGACGCUGGAAGGAGUUGUAAGCGACCAUUCUGAUGAAGACGGAGAACCUCGUUGACAGAACUGGACCACUGCGUGUUUUGAUACACGCUGAUAAAGGACGCGGUAGAAAUAUUGGCCUUCAUGUCUUCAUUUUUCACGGCCAUUUUUUCGCGGUCUGUUUCGUCUCCGACAUAAACAUCGAUGACCACCACGCGGACGUCCAAGUUGUUGUAUAAGGCAUAUUCUCUCCGUCUCUCCUCUCUGAGUUUUAUUAAUCGUAGAUCAAGAUUCAAGCCUGUAAGAGUUUCUGGGUUUGCUAGUAAGGUAAUCUCGAUCUCAUUCUGUGUAGUAUCUGACCAGGUCUUGCUAGGAAUACUGACCAAAACGUCCAUGCUCUGCGGCGUUAUAUACUGUCCUUCAGAUUCGGACCAAGUUCCAUCCCGUUUUUUAUACUUCAUUUCUACGUAGAUGUCUGAUUUAGGCUCAUGGAAAGUUAUUUUCAAAUUGCUACCUUUGUCGAAGUCGUCCUGAGCAACUGGUUGAAAAGUAACGGAGAAGACUGAGUUUUUACUGAUAUUUGAAGCGUGAUAUUUCACGGUCGUAAAUCCUGAUAACCCGUCAGUAAAUGUCUCCAUAGGAAUUUCCAAGUUAGGAAAGCUCCAUAGAAUACCAGCCCUGUCAUCAUUGCACACAGAAUCUUUGGCGGUGUAGUGAUUUUCAAAAGACCUAUAUUUUGGCAGGGUGGCUGUUAGUAGGUAAUGUUUGAUAUUCUCGUGGUAUAUUGGUAUUAUGAUAUUAUCAUCAGAAGGACACGUGACAGGUGCGAUUAUUCGCUGUACGGAGGCGGAGGGCAUGUCGUCACGGGCAGGUCCAUUUUUGUACUCGAUUCCCGGAAUACAAUAUAUCGCGCACUCGAACAGAUCCUUACGGAGUUUCUCAUCGUUAACGCUCACUUCUAUGAAGUCAACAUCUAUUCCAAAUCUGUCCGUUUCUUUGAACUCUAAGGUGAUCGUGUGUCUCCCCGACUCCAGUGUCAUAUUUGGACCUUUUUGACCACUGUACAAGAAUUUAUUCCAAUUUUUACCACCAUUAGACUGUUCGGGUGUCUUCAGACUUCCUAAAAAGUGUUUGCCAUCAAGUCUCAUUUCGAAAGUGUCACUCCCUCCAUCAUUCGAGUAAACGACUUGGUUUAACGAUACCUCCGCAGCAUGCCUCAGACAAAAGUAGAAAUUCAAACUUUGACCUUUAUUGAAAUUCACUGCUUUCUCGCCGCUAGCCUUCUCUCUGUGAUUAUGAAAUCUUUUGGCCGCAUAAUUUUCUGCUUCCAUUUUGAAAACCACUGCUCGUAAGGACCCAACACAUCCCAGUAAGACGAUAAGGAGGUUCAGCUGUGUGGUCAUUUUCUCACAUCUACUCACAUUGU